GGCCUUGCUUAGGUUCCGCCCCUGCCCUCCUACCGGGGAGCUCAGGCAGGGACGGCAGUCACCCGGAGCCGCCGCCGCCGCCGCUUCCAUCUGCCACCACCCGGGUAGCUCUUUCUGCGCGGAAGGCGCCUGUUACGGAGCCGGAGCGGAAGGCAGAGCUAACUAGUAGCUGCAGAGCUCAGUGCAAGGAAGGGAGGGAGCGCGGCGGCAGCCCCCAAGCCAGAGUAGGCUCGGAGCAGCCUCUGGCUCGCCAUCCCCAGAGCUGCGAGGAGGGGACUUGCUUACCGUGCAGCCGAAACGCAAACCGACGAGAGGGGACAGCAACAAGCAAAGAGGAAGCCAAACAAAGGAGAGGGACGCGGCCUUAGGGGGAGGUUACUGUGUGCAGUCCAAGAACUGAAGGAAAACCUCUCAUUUUUUAUGAUGCUGUGGACAAUACCUUGAGUCAAGACUACUACCUUUGCACCAAUUUAUAUUGUGUCCGUGAAAGGAAAAGCAUAACAGAAGAAAUUCUCAUUUGUCUUCUGCUGGACCACAGCACAUUUGAUUUAAGUACUUGGAAGUGCUACUGUCACACAGAUUUGGAGCUGUGUGUCCUGCUCCUUGUGUUGGGGUUUGCACUUUGAACUGUUAACCAUGAGUGAGUUCUGGUUGUGUUUCAACUGCUGUAUUGCAGAACAGCCUCAACCUAAAAGACGGCGGCGUAUUGAUCGAAGUAUGAUUGGGGAGCCAACAAACUUUGUGCACACAGCUCAUGUAGGUUCAGGAGACCUCUUUAGUGGAAUGAAUUCGGUGAGCUCAAUUCAGAACCAAAUGCAGUCCAAAGGAGGCUAUGGUGGAGGCAUGUCUGCAAACGUUCAAAUGCAGCUUGUAGAUACAAAAGCAGGAUAACUCUGUGACACUUUUCCAGUCCUUGUGAAUUCCUGUACCUUGUUUCCUGUGCCCCUCUCUUUAUGCCUUGGUGACUGCUUUCUGUGCUCAUGAUGAGAGAAGUGAUGGCUCAUCAUCCACCCCUUGUGAUUACGCCAGUGAAACAUUCCUAUUCUGCUGUGAGGAUAACAUUUAUCAGACUGGUCUCGUUGUCGUGCCUUUCCAGUGGCAUGCACACAUCUCACUGCCACCAAAACAUCUGUGGACAUAGUAUUGGUUGAUUUUUUUUCCUUUUUUUAUCUCAACUUUUUAAAACAAUAUUUCAAGCAAUCUAAACAUAGUUUGGUGUUGGGUUGGAUUUAUUUUUUACUUCCUCUGAAAGUCCUAGAUUAUGGCAUUUUCAUCUGUGAGUUUUUUAAAAAAAUUAUUUCCUUCUCUGUAAAUUAGAAGCAAGAAAGUUGCUCUUGAUUCAUUAAAUAUGACAUUCUUAGUACAGGUCUUUUUUGUUUGUUUGUUUGUAUUAAAGGUCUGGGACCUGCAAGCACAAGGAUCAUUUCACGCAUCUAUGACCGCAUGCUUUGUGAAUCUGCUUGAUAUGGUGGCCUAUAUGGUGCCAAAUCUUUUUUUUAAAGAAGUGCUUGAUCUUGCAGAUGGAUGAUACUAUUGCUGAUUCAAAAGUUUUGCAGAGGCUCCAGAUCAUGCCAAUCUGUCUGGGAAAAGGACUUGUAACUUUUAGCUGCUUUGGAAAUAUAUUGUCUUAGAUUUUGAUCUAACUGGUCUUGAAAUAAUAAAGAAGAGAGCUUUCGUUCAUAAGGCCAUUUUGUUGUAAAUGUUCAGUAUAUUUAUUUUGAAAGAGCUGACCUCAAGAUUGUAAACCAGUGUAGUAAUGUACAUACUCAAUGUUGUGGUGGCGCUUUUGUCUGGUUAAAGAGGCAUUUUAUGUUGGCUGCUUUAAAAAAAUUUUUUUUUAAAGAAAAUGUUUAAUUUUAGGCCAUACCGGCAUUUCCAGUAGCAGCAUGUCGAACUGCCUGCAAUAUUAUAGCUGGAAUUUAGUUGACCUCUCCAAGUAGUUGGCAGUUUCCACGUACUAAAUAUUUCGGAGCCAUGUAAGUUGCUAAGAGCAGCAUAGUAACCUGGCAGAAACUGAUGCCAGCAAAAACAACAUACAGGGUGGCUUUUUGCUGUAUUGGUAAAGAAGCCUUUUGCUCAGGUUCCAAAGCAUGUUCCUCUUUCACAAGGUGUGAAAAUUGUGUUUUAAUACAGCACUGUUUUGAAAUAUUUCUGUGAGAGCUCCUUUCCCCCUCCUUUCCCACUUCAUGGCCCUUUCAUCACAAGAAACUGAAGUCAGUUGAAUGAACACUAGCUAAACAUUUUUGUUUUUAAAAAAUCACACUUAGAAUCCUCCUCGUACAACAUUUUAACAUCUUCCCUGGCAAAUGACAUAGCUGAGCCUAAUGAGAAAAGUUCGUAAAAUAACAAGUGCAUAAGUAAACAGACAAUUUCUUGCAUGAGCCUGAUUGAUUUCAACAGGAGCCUCAUGCAGGCUUCAUUGAAAUCAUGGGGCUUGCACAGCAACAUCGCUUUGUAGGUAAAGCCUAUUGGCAUUUUCUGUACUCCCAUUCAUUAUUCUUAAGAGGCAAAGAUCAGAGUGAGGGAUAAUCAUAUGUAUCCCUUUUUAAAUUUUCCAAAACAUUACCUGGUUCUUAAAAGUUCAUAGGAAGACAUCCUUCUUCAAAACAUUACUUAUGUUUUCAAGAGGUAAUAGGAAGACAUCCUUAUUCAAGACAAAAUACUGGGUAAAAAUUCAUUGAGGAAUACCAUCCAUGUACAGAUAGCUGAAAUGAUUAGAAGCUAUGACUGAGUGCAUCUGGGCAAGCUGUAAUUCCACUCUUACCCAUUUCUAUGAGCUGAUUUCAGGACAAAUUUGUGGUUCAUUGUGCCCAUUGACUUUCUAAAGACAGCAAAGUACUAAAGCUAUAAUGUGACCAUUAUUAGAAAUUAGCAGAGUAGGGAAUCUAUUUUAGGUACCUGCUCUGACUGCACAUGCUGAUUCAUGAGGUUCAGGCUACCCGGACUAAUAUGGUGGUCUUUAUGAUCAGGAUUUUAAAUGUGUAUAUU